AUGGCAACACCGGCUAGCCUUCCUGAAGAUAUUAUCAUCAAUAUACUUUUGAAGUUAUCACUCAAAUCAAUCGCUCAGUUCAAGUGUGUAGCCAAACCCUGGUAUGAAAUGGUCAAAAACCCUAAAUUUAUUAAGAUGCAUCGUCAACGUGAUGUUCGAAACUACAAAUUUAGUGUUCUGCUUGAAUCAUCAAAGACAAAUUCUUACUAUGAUAAGGAUGGGUGUCAUUAUACUAUAGAUUUUGAUGUAACAUCCUCAACUUACCAUAUGGCUGUUCAAACUUAUCUCCCACGGAAUAUGUUUGUACUUGAUUCUCAACUCAUUGAUUCAUGUGGCCUGAUCGGCUUAUCCACCCGUAAUCCUGAUAGGGAUAUACUCGGAAUGAUUUGUUUGUGGAAUCCGUCUACUCAAGAAUACCUGAAUGUACCGACACCAACAUCAAUUCGUGGCAAAUCAAAGACUUUGUCUCAAUAUGGGGUGUGUUAUGAUUGGAAAAUUCAUGAUUACAAGUUAUUCUUAAUAGUGACCAAACGAUAUGACGAGAUUUUCCCUGAAGUUUGGGUUAGUAGAUUAGGCUCAAAUAUCUGGAAACGCAUUGGAAACGUACCUUAUGAUCAUAGUCAUGUGCCUGACAAAAACAUAUAUGGAAUUGUUCAUUGGAUAAAACAUACAAAAGUUAUAGUUUCGUAUGAUAUAGUUGAAGAGCGAACCAGAGACGAAUUCCAAAUACCAAGUUGCUAUCUAGAUGAUGAAUGGUACUCGUUUUAUCGCAUGGAUGUGGGUUUUCUGGGGGAAGACCUUUACCUGUCAGUUAAUAUUAUAUGGUAUGAUUGCAACAUCGAUCUAUGGGUGAUGAAAGAUUAUGGAGUUAUAGAUUCAUGGACCAAAAUUUUCAGUAUUUCCAAAACUUCAACAAAUUUUCGAUCAUUACGGCCACUGCAUUAUCUGAACAAGGAUUGUGAUAUUUUAUUACACGGAAACGUAAAAUACUCAUACGAGGAUGUUUUAGUCUCUUGUGACCCAAAAAAUGGAAGACUAAAGACUUUUGAUAUCCCAUGCAAACCUAAACAUUUUUAUCCGACAACUUUUGUUGGAAGUCUAGUUUCAUUCAAGUCGGCUGAAUUUGUAGAAGCUACCAAAACAAUAUCCAAGGUGGAUAUAUAA